GGCUUGUGCUCGUCCAUACGACAUAAUCACUCACUCGCCCCGGCCAUUCAUGGCAGUGAGGGUAGGGCGCGAGAGGGGAGGCGCUGAGCGAGCGUGAGCGAAUACUAUUACGUGGCCUUCGUUUGUAUCUCCAUCCGUAUUGCGAACGGUAGUAUUGAAGUGGAUUACUCGUGCACAGAUUUGAUCUGAUACUUCUGAACGACAACGGCGAUCUAUUUUUAGAUCGACGUCCUGUUCAAAGCUGCGAAGCUCGGUGCGCUUGUCCUGAUCUCCGCUUCUCCAUCACAGUUGCCCGGCUCUUCGUGACCAGUGCGGGAUUGUGUGUCUCUUCACUUCAAUCAUCUCAAAAACAGACGCACAGAGAGAGAGAGAGAGAGAGAGAGAGAGAGAGAGAGAGAGAGAGAGAGAGAGAGAGAGAGAGAGAGAGGAUGGCGUGCAGCAAUGCAGUAGGCGGGGGCUCGGUGAGUGUCGGGUUGCGAUCGGUGUCCUUAGACAAUUGCCUGAAAGCAGGGAAGACGAUGGAGAUGGGAACGACGGCAGCGAUGGCGACUCCGUCCUGCGCGUUGUCCAUCCGUGCAUCUCCGAAUGCAGCGAUGACGUCAACAGCAACGUCUCCCUCCCGUGAGCGCGGGGGAUGCGAGCUCCUACUCCAGGGUAACUGGAGUGGGAAAGGAGAAGGAUCGUGGGGCUUGAUGCGGAGUAGUAGUAGUCGUCAGCAUCGCUUCCAUGACCGUAAACAGACCGAUCAGAAGAAAGGCUUGUGGAGAAUGGAGAUGGCGUCGGAUCCUCUUAACAACUGCAGAGAUUCGUUCGGCAACGAAUGCGCCGUUGAGAAAAGAGCGAGAAAGUUACGUGAUUACAUAAACACCAUGGAGCUCCGCAAGCGUGUGUUGGAGAUCUCGGCGAAGCCGCGCACGGCCUACAGAGUCGGAGACGUCAUCAUUCAUCGACGCUAUGGCUACCGCGGCGUUAUCUAUGGCCACGAUCCUGAAUGCUCUGCUCCCGAGGACUGGCAAGAGGCCAUGAGGAUUGACAUGCUCAAUGAAGGACGAAAUCAGUCGCUCAGGAGAACAUUGUGCUCCAACGGAAUGCAUCUCCCGUCCUUCAUCCUUGGAUUAAUAAGUUCUUCGUCGGCUUUCAAGACGGGCAGUAUAUGCCAGGGUCAAAGCUUCGCCAAGUCUAUCCUAACGACUGGUGAGCGAGAAGAGGAGGUGGAAGAGAGAACGAGGGAGAGAAAUCGGGUUAAGAAGAGAGUGCGAAUACACAAAACAGGAACCGAAGUGGUUGGUCAUCACCUUCAAGAGACAGAUCCGCCAUAGCCGCGAGCUUGCGAGCUAUGGGCGCAGCAGAUUCGCCGGAGAUGAGAACAAAGCGAUGGCGUCGUCGAAACAUGCAUGCAUGCAUGCAUGCAGGGGCUACCGGGACGGCGAGACAUGCGUACGUGUGCUGCAUGCAUGCAGAAGGGCCGCAGAUGGGUCGUCGAGACAUAUGCAUACGUGCAUGGAGAAAGAUUGAUGAUGGCAUCGUCGUCGAAAUAUUUGCGCGCGCAUGCAUGCAUGCGCGCGUACGUGCAUACGAGCAGAAUACUCGUGCAUGCGGUCAUGCGUGCGUGCGAGGAGAAAGAGAGGCAAUGACGUGGUUGGGUCGUGCAUUUAAUUUGAUGGUUUUAGCUCUAGCGUCGUUGUGGUAUGCGUGCAUGCAUGCAGAACGGAAGAAUUGAAGAAUUGCCGCUGGUGCGUCGUUGAGAUUUAGCUCUAGUGUCGUCGUGACAUGCAUGCAUGCAUGCAUGCAGGGGCUACCGGGACGGCGAGACAUGCGUACGUGUGCUGCAUGCAUGCAGAAGGGCCGCAGAUGGGUCGUCGAGACAUAUGCAUACGUGCAUGGAGAAAGAUUGAUGAUGGCAUCGUCGUCGAAAUAUUUGCGCGCGCAUGCAUGCAUGCGCGCGUACGUGCAUACGAGCAGAAUACUCGUGCAUGCGGUCAUGCGUGCGUGCGAGGAGAAAGAGAGGCAAUGACGUGGUUGGGUCGUGCAUUUAAUUUGAUGGUUUUAGCUCUAGCGUCGUUGUGGUAUGCGUGCAUGCAUGCAGAACGGAAGAAUUGAAGAAUUGCCGCUGGUGCGUCGUUGAGAUUUAGCUCUAGUGUCGUCGUGACAUGCAUGCAUGCAUGCAUCAUGCAGAAAGGAAGAAAGAAUUGCGGCCGGAGGGUGCGUCGUCGAAUCUGAGAGAAGAGGCAGCAGCGGCGGAAAGGUUAUAAUUCCUUAUCCAACGCAUCGGGUCGCAAAUUUCAUCGUAGCAUGCCAGGCGAUGAUGAGGACUGCACUCGCCUGGAAACGACAUUGGAGCACGCUAACAAACGAAUAAGUAAUUC